CCGCGCCCGGCUCCGCCCGCCCGCCCGCAGCCGCCCAUGGUGCUGCCCGGCCCGCCCGGCAUGGCCCGCUCCGAGGAGGUGCACCGCCUCACCGAGAAUGUCUACAAGACCAUCAUGGAGCAGUUCAAUCCCAGCCUCAGGAAUUUCAUUUCUAUGGGGAAGACCUAUGAAAAAGCCUUAGCAAGCAUGACAUAUGCAGCCAAGGGGUACUUUGAUGCUCUGGUGAAGAUGGGGGAGUUAGCCAGUGAAAGCCAAGGAUCAAAAGAAUUGGGGGACGUGCUCUUCCAGAUGGCCGAGGUGCACAGGCAGAUCCAGAACCAGCUGGAGGAGAUGCUCAAGUCCUUCCACAACGAGCUCCUGACACAGCUGGAGCAGAAGGUGGAGCUGGACUCCCGGUACCUGAGUGCUGCGCUGAAGAAAUACCAGACCGAGCAGAGGAGCAAGGGGGACUCGCUGGACAAGUGCCAGGCUGAGCUGAAGAAGCUGCGCAAGAAGAGCCAGGGCAGCAAGAACCCCCAGAAGUACUCGGACAAGGAGCUGCAGUACAUCGAAGCCAUCAGCAACAAGCAAGGGGAGCUGGAGAACUACGUGUCUGAUGGCUACAAGACAGCUCUGACGGAGGAGAGGCGGCGGUUCUGCUUCCUGGUGGAGAAGCAGUGCGCGGUGGCCAAGAGCGCCAUCACCUACCAUGCCAAGGGGAAGGAGAUGCUGACGCAGAAGCUGCCGCUGUGGCAGCAAUCCUGCUCGGACCCCAACAAGAUCCCAGAGCGCGCCAUCCAGCUGAUGCAGCAGAUGGCUGCCAGCAGCAAUGGCACCAUCAUGCCCAGCCCUCUGUCCACAUCCAAGUCCAACCUCAUCAUCUCUGAUCCCAUCCCUGGUGCCAAACCUCUCCCUGUCCCCCCGGAGCUGGCACCUUUUGUAGGACGCAUGUCGGCACAGGAGGCCCUGCCAGUGAUGAACGGAGUCUCGGGCUCUGACAGCGACGGGUACAACCACUGGUCUGAGAUGAAGCCAGCACAGCCCAAAUCUUUAUCUCCUCCCCAGCCUCAGAAGCAGCUGAGUGACUCUUACUCCAAUACACUCCCAGUUCGCAAAAACGUGGCACCGAAAAACAGCUACGCCUCAGCUGAAAACAAGACACUGCCACGCUCCAGCUCCAUGGCCGCCGGGCUCGAGAGGAAUGGCCGGACGAGGGUGCAGGCGAUUUUCUCUCACGCUGCCGGGGAUAACAGCACCCUCCUGAGCUUCAAGGAGGGAGACCUCAUCACCCUGCUGGUGCCCGAGGCCCGGGACGGCUGGCACUACGGAGAGAGCGAGAAAACCAAAAUGAGGGGCUGGUUUCCUUUCUCCUACACACGGGUCCUUGACAAUGAUGGCAGCGAGCGGGUCCACACCAGCCUGCAGCAAGGGAAGAGCAGCAGCACUGGCAACCUGCUGGACAAGGAUGACAUCUCCAUCCCGCCACCAGACUAUGGCAUGGCCUCCCAGGCCUUCCCAGCACAGGGCAGCAACACCUUCAAGCAGCGGCCCUACAGCGUGGCCGUGCCCGCCUUCUCCCAGGGUCUCGAUGACUACGGGACGAGGUCCGUCAACAGCCCCGAUGUUGAAGUGGCCAGGUUUUGAGGUGGCCCUGCCCGUAGUUAGAACCCCUUUGCCAACGUCCAGCUGAAGCCAACGGUGACAAACGACCGCUCGGCGCCGCUCAUCAGCUGAUCCGGGAGCCCUGGCGCCCGCGUGGCACUCGCCACCUCCUCAUCCUCAUCCUCCUCAUCCUCCUCCUCCUCGCUGCUGCAUGUCCAGCUUCCCAGAACUCCAUUUCUAAGCGGAAUUUAUUAAUCCUGCUGCUUUGAAAGCCAAAGGCUCAAACUAGUGCCCUAGUUCUCUCUUCUCUAGACUCCCUCGGUGGCAGAGGGUCACAGCGCUGCCGUGUCACCUGUCCCCUGCCUGUGCUGAGUGUGGUGGCACUUCCCGGAGUCAGGGCAGCGUGUCCCAGAGCUGGGGCGGCUCCCAGGCCCAGCAGCAGCUUGCUGUGGGUGGGGAAAGGGGCUCAGCUGGGGAACAACUCUCCAUUGUUGGCUCACAGUGCUCCAGGGGGCAGCAAGGCAGAGAGGACAGGGUCCCCCUGCUCAGACGAGAGGGACCCCCAGACCAGGCAGGACAUGGGGACAUCCCCAGACCAGGCAGGACAUGGGGACAUCUCCAGACCAGGCAGGACAUGGGGACAUCUCCAGGCCAGGCAGGACAUGGGGACACGCCCAGGCCAGCCAGGCAGGACAUGGGGACACCCCCAGGCCAGGCAGGACAUGGGGACAUCUCCAGGCCAGGCAGCACACCCCGGGCAAGCCAAGGCACGGUGGGUGGCACAGGCAGCUCCCAGGCUCCCACCAGAGCCCAGUGCCCACGCCAUGCCUCGGGCUGGGACAGGGCAGGGGGUGCCAGCACUGCAGCCCCCGCUGGGAUGGGGCCAGCUCCGCUCCCGGAGCUCCUGCUGUGCCAGGGCUCGGGGUGCUGCAGGGAAUUACGGUACUGCUGUAAAAUAUAAGCUAGGAAAAAACCACUGGUGGAGGCAGGGCAGUGUGGGAGUAAGCCCUGGGGUGCCCCUGCUCUCCCUGCAGACAGGAGCUCCCAUCCGGACCUCUUGCUUGGCUGUUUGCUCUUCCUCUAUUCCUAGGGCUGCAUGAGAGAGAGAGAUAGAUAGAGAUAAAUAUAUAUAAAUAUAUAUAUGCACACACACUUGCUAAGCUUACUGCUGGGGGUGCCCACGAGCAAGGUGGCUCCCACAGCCCUUCCCGCAGCUCCUGAGUGACCAGGGUCACAUCCUUGCUCCACACACAGGGAGAAGAGGUUUCCAGGCAGGAACUGUAUCUCCCAUGGGUGAGGGCUUGAACCCGAACAGAGUUUUUGCUUUUUCCGUUGUAUUUCUCCUUUUGCACUCUCUGAUCACUGGUGCAGCAGGUCCUGGUGCCCACAGGCCGGGCACGGGGUGCUUGGCUGGGCACUGGGCAGGGCAGGGAGCGUCCCCAGCCCAGGGGGCUCGGUCCCAGUCGGACGUGGUGGCUCAUCUCUCCUGUGUCCCCUCUGAUGGGGCUUCCAGCUCCACUGCAGGAAAACAGCUUCUCCUGUGGCUGCCCAGGCUCCAGCUCUGCACGAGGGCUCCCAGCUCCAUGAUGUGCCUCCUCUUCC